AUGGCCACGCCAUUUAGUCGCGAGUCGUGGAUAUGGUACAUCUGCGGCAUUGGAAUGAUUAUCGCCAGACUCAUCGCCCGCCGGAUCCUUUUUCGCUCAACCAGAGGCCUCCAACUCGAUGACUGGAUCAUGGGCGUUCUCGUGUCCACCACCUAUACCGUAUUAAUGGUUGUAUCAAACAGAUGGUUCAAGGCUGGCUCCAAUCUUGAGCAUCCGAACUACAGCUUCAGCGCACUCAGCGAUGAUCAACUAUCGCAGCGCGUAUACGGCAGCAAAAUGAUGAUCGUCACGGAGCAAAUGCAAGUCUCCGUGAUUUGGGCUUGCAAAGCGUGUUUGCUGGUCAUGUACUACCGCCUGACACGCACGGCUCUGCACAACGAGAACAUUGCGAUCAAAGUACUCUCCGCCUAUGUGGCGCUUGGAUACGUCGUCAUGCAAAUUCUGUACUUCGCCGUUUGGUGUCGCCCAUUCCAUGAGUACUAUGCAGUACCCACAAACUCCACCCAAUGCGACACACUGCUGCAUCACCGCAUUACCAAGGCAGUCUUCAACAUCUCGUCUGACGUCAUCAUGCUGUCCAUUGCGCUGCAGAUGCUAAUACGCUCGACCCUUCCUUGGAAACGCAAGCUCGUGCUUAUCGGCAUCUUCUCGAUCGGUAUCUUCGUCAUUGCAGCCGCCGCACUGAACAGCUACUACUCCUUCGCACGUCCUUAUGGGCGCACCUGGAUGUUUUGGUACGUUCGCGAAUCAUCAAUGGCUGUCAUCGUCGCCAACAUCCCAUUCACCUGGACCAUCCUGCGUGAGUUAUUCGAGGUCGGCGACUUCAACGAAAACGUGCAGCCAUGGACGUUCCACCCUCGAGCACGAACAAGAAGCGUAGCGACGCGCAUGACUCAUUACACGGCUUCCUCAGGCCAGCGUGUGAAAAAUCGUGACUCGCCCAUCAACAGCCAUGGCAGUAGAGGUGCGCAGUCGAUGACGCUGGUGGGUUCGGCUUCGCCAGGCAAAGAAGACGGCGCGUCUUUUGCGAAGAGUCUGGUGUUGGAGGAUACCGACAGAGAUUUGGAGAUUCAAGCAGCGCGAUCGCAUGGCUUCGUAUCGGGGCCCUCCAGCGCGAACUAUCCUAAGGUGGAAUUCGACGACGUAGGAGAAGGCCGCCAGUCGUAG